CCAAAUGAAUAUGUCGAGUUCUUUAUAUGAUCCAAUAAUCAACCAGCUUAUACAGCAUAGUACAGAGAUUGAAGGCAUGAGUUUCCAAAAGGAGAGUCUUGAUCUCGUGUUUGUCCCGAGUGGCUUAGCUAUCAUGUUUGGUUACCAUCUGUUUCUGCUCUAUAGAUGUCUUAAAAUUCCCCACACUACAGUCAUUGGCUUCGAAAAUAAUGACAAGAAGGCUUGGAUUGAGAGCAUUAUGCAGGAGGGUGAUAACAAAAAUGCUAGCAUGGCCCUGAGCGUGAUCUCAUCAAGUGUAUCUGCUGCAACUUUCUUCUCAUCAGUUUGUUUAACUCUCAGCUCUGUUAUGGGAGCCGUCUUGACAACCAAUUCCAGCAUCCUGGAAAGCGAUUUCAUAUACGGUGACACAAGGCCAGCAACCUUGUCUGUCAAGUACACAUGUCUUCUCGUAUGUUUUCUCUUAGCAUUUUCGUGUUUCAUUCAAUCCUCAAGAUGUUUUAUCCAUGCCACAUUUCUGAUAACUAUGCCUAAUAGCAACAUUACUGCGAAACAUGUCGAGACAACAGUUAUAAGGGCAGGUGAUUUUUGGUCAUUUGGACUUAGAUCACUGUAUUUUGCUCUUACUCUGUUGCUGUGGUUUUUCGGUCCGAUUCCUAUGUUUGUAUCCUCAGUUGUUAUGGUCGUGCUGUUACACUACCUCGACACGAACACGACUCCGUUACAUCAACAUGCAAAGCGACCCGCUAAGCAUCCGAUGUUAGGAUAACAAUUUUGUGCAUCAAGCAUUUGUUUUUACUAAAAUUUGUUGUCAUUUGUUUCAGAACUGGUUUAAUUUCAAAUAUCACUUGAUCAGCGAGUAGCUCCAGCAAUAAGGCCUUUUCUUUUGUUGGAUGCUGAUCGGGUAUAUUAUACGAAAAGGCCUAUCUUUCGAAAUAGUAAAGAAUUUGAGGCCCAUAAAACAACGUGGGGCUGGCAAACCUUGACUUAGAGUUGGAAGCCCAUUGGUCCUUACUGUAUUCAUUGUUUUACUUGUAUAUUUGUAUAUUAAAAAUGGGUAUUCUCAGAGCAACUUGUAAAAAUUUCGAUUUGAUUUGAAUAAAGUGAUAUUAAAUU